AUGAUUUCUUCAUCGCCAGAUAUUCCUUCCUCUUUUGACCCGGCCCUCCAUCUUCAUUCCGAAUCCCAACAUCCACCAGUCCCUCUGUCCGAGUCGUUCUCCGACGAUCUCGAGGCUAUCCACUUCCAUCGCCUCGAGCAGACCCGCAAUAAAGUUGUGAUUCAACAUCGUGCCUGGAAUUUGUCAGAUGUGUUUCGCAGUGACGAAGAUCUAAGACCCGAUACUCCGACAAAGGCGUGUCCUGCCACACCGCGCCGCAACACGCUGAUUAAAGCUUGGACAACCGACCAUAUACCAUCUUCACCUCCAAUCCUAGAUAUGCCUUUCAUGACGACACCGGGGUCGACCAUUCUCGGGGACGUGGACGCGAACGCGCAGAAGCGCAAAGUGCCGGACACCGAUGAGCAGGCCUCUCAGACUGAACCCAAAAAACCCAAAUUUAUUGGCGGAUUCGUCGAUGACGACGACGAAGAUGACGACGAACAAGUUGCAGCGAUGCGGGACGAGCAUUUGAAGAGUCAAUACGAGCUGCAGGAGAACGCCGAGCCAUUACCCCUCGGAAAUUUGGGGAUGCAGAAUGGAUCACCGGACCUGAAUUCUACUCCAAGAGUGGGCAGUCUUUCCACAGUCGCGAUCACACAACCCAGGGUCAUUCCAGGCCCCCAUUCCGCGCCGAGCAAGUUCCAGAUCAAGACUUGUAACGGCAAAACUCGCUACACUUCUCUUCGGAAAGCUGCCGUGCCCAUCUCUUACGAACAGAUGAUUGCAGGCCGCUCAGAAACGGAUCCCGGACGGGCGAAACGCAGCUACUAUGGUAUCGAGAUUCACAAAUUGAUGGACGAGGCUGCGAAGGAAUCAAAAGCCGCGAGAGAAGCACCUCGACCAGCGCCUCCUGUCAGUGAAUCUAUCGAAGCCGGAGAAGUAGAUGUCAAGCAAAAAAAAUGGGACUCCAUGAUGUGGACGGAGAAAUACCGCGCUCGCAAAUUUACCGACCUGAUUGGGGACGAACGCACCCAUCGCGCAGUCCUUCGCUGGCUAAAAGGAUGGGAACCAAUCGUUUUCCCUGGCUUGGCCAAAUCUAACAAGAACAAAAAGACUGGCCAGGAUGGCGAAGAAGAGGAGCGCAUGCACCGCAAAGUGCUUCUUCUAAGCGGACCACCUGGUCUUGGUAAGACAACGUUGGCACACGUAUGUGCAAAACAAGCUGGCUAUGAGGUUCUCGAGAUCAAUGCGAGCGAUGAGCGAAGCAAGGACGUGGUCAAAGGCAGGAUCCGCGACGCCCUGGGAACGGAGAACGUCAAAGGAGCGAAUGUGGAGGUGGGCGAGAACAAAGUCCGUCGCGCUGCCAAGCCCGUGUGUGUCGUCGUGGACGAAGUUGACGGCGUUGUUGGAGGUGCCGGUAGCGGUGGCGAGGGAGGUUUCAUGAAAGCUCUCAUUGAUCUGGUCAUGCUUGAUCAACGAAACGCUCGAUUCGCUGCAGAGAAUGGUGGCAAGUUCCCCAAAAAGCGGAAAGGCGACACGUUUCGCUUUCUUCGGCCGUUGAUCUUGGUGUGCAACGAUCUUUAUCACCCGAGUCUUCGCUCUCUGCGAGCAUCGACGAUCGCAGAAAUGAUCCAAGUUCGACAAGCUCCUCUGGAAAAUGUCGUGCAACGUGUCAAGCACAUCUUCGGCCGUGAGGGCAUCCCCUGCGACAAUGAUGGGGCACGACGGCUUUGCGAAGCCGCAUGGGGACUCGAAACCAGAAGAAAACGCAGCUCCAAGACUAAUGGGUCGGCCGAAGGAGACAUUCGAAGCGUACUAGUUGCCGCUGAGUGGGUGGCUCACAAGCUUCGAAAUGAGAGUCUCUCAUCUCUGCGGUUGACACGCAAUUGGCUCGAACGUCGAGUGCUUAGUGCUUCUACGGAGGGCGGGAGCUUCUUCAAAGAGAUGAGCCGCGGAGGGGUGCGUGAAAUUGUCAACCGGGUAUUUGCCGAAGGUGCAGGAUUCACCGACGCUCCAGCCAGCUUGUCAUUCCAGGACAAGUUUGACGGCUUGUCGAAUCGUGUUCCAGUAGGAGUCGCUGAUCUGCGUAAGCGGCAUGCUCUGAACCGUCUCCGCGAGAUGAUAGACUCCAGUGGCGAACAUGAUCGUUGUGUGACGGAUUGCUUCGCAGUGUACCCGAAUCAACAAUACCGAGAUGAUAACUUCCUCAGCAAACCAACCCUUGCCUAUGACUGGCUUCAUUUCCACGACUGUGUCUCGGUGAGGGUGAACACAUCACAGGAGUGGGAGCUAGGCCCGUAUCUGAGCCAAUCGACGCUUGCUUUCCAUCAUCUCUUCGCCUCUGCUGCCGGCAAAAUUGAGGCAAAUGAUCGUGACAAAGAAGAAGAGGAUGCCGAGGAAGAGCACCCGUUCUCGGGACCCAAAGCCGACUUUCUCGUCUUUGAGGCGCAGAAGGAGAACCGAUCAAUUUUGAACGGGUUCCACGCAUCUUUGCCUGCACCUAUGCUGCGGAUGUUCCGGUCCACUGAGAGCGUAGUGACUGAUUUGGUCCCACAUCUAAUUCGAAUGCUAUCACCAGAUAUCAAGCCUGUCAUUGUUCGUGGUGGUGGUGACCAGAGGAGUACAGCCAGUAUUCGCAGGGAGAGCGAGCGUGUACUUGUGCAGUCCGCUGUUCGGGUCAUGACUGGCAUGGGCGUGACCUUUGAGAAGGUCCGCGUCGAGCAUGAAGGUGGCAGUCACGGUGGAUGGGCGUACCGAAUGGAGCCAUCGAUCGACUCUCUAGUCGCAUUCUCCAAGAUGACCGGCAUCACUUCAUCAUCCAGUACCGCACCUGUCCGUUAUGCCGUCCGCCAAGUGCUCGAUCAAGAGUAUCGCAAAGAGAUUCAGCGCAAGUUCUCCAAUGCCAAGAAUGUCGCGAACGGCAGAUCCGUCCCAGGUCAAGCUGGCAAGGAGCAACAGGGCGGCAUCGGCUCGCGCAAGGUCAGUGGAGAUGGAGCCAAGCGCGAUUUCUUCGGACGAGUCAUCGAACAACCUGUCCGUGACAUUACAGACACAAAUCGCGGAGAUGAGUCAGAGGAGGCAUCCAAGGCAGGUCGGAAGGUGUGGGUGACCUAUCAUGAGGGAUUUUCGAAUGCAGUCCGCAAGCCCAUCUCAAUGGGAGAAUUGUUGGCGGGAUUGUGA